GACGGUGCACUUCCUGCUUUCGGGUGAGAAAGUGUAGAAGAUUAGCCAACAUAGUUUAUUAAAUGCUUCUUUCAUCUAGCAGACGACAUUGGGCGGGCGCGAUUCGUUUGACGAUUACUCUGUUCGGACUCCCGUUUACCGUCUGCACCCCUGGAGCAAAUAAACACAUCAAACCUAUUUGUGGGGAUUAUUGUAAGCUUUACACCACCAGUAUCGGGACCAUGUCCUCCUCAGCAGCCCCUCAUUUAAAGUCCAGAUGGCCACAGUAUCCUGAGUCCACCAUCGAGCGUUUUCCUUUACCUGAUGACAAGGUGGACUGGAAUCAGAACUGGCCCCAGUAUGACCCAGUGAGCUACACUGCUCCAGUUGUUUUAAAGAAACCUUUCUGGGCUGAUCCUGAGAUUGGUUCCUUCUCUCCAAAGUUCAAUGCUGUGGAUGGUACUGUGGACAGGACGAGCUUUGAGGGAAGCUAUAAAGUGGAAAAUGGGAAGCCAUUAAAUCCUUUUGGACGCACUGGUAUGACUGGAAGAGGUUUGCUUGGACGAUGGGGACCCAACCAUGCUGCUGAUCCCAUUGUCACAAGAUGGAAGGUAGAUGCCAGCGGAGCUAAGAUUCAUCACCCAGCCUCCACAAAGCCCAUCCUACAGUUUGUGUCAAUCAAGAGGAAAGACUGUGGGGAGUGGGCCAUUCCAGGGGGAAUGGUGGACCCAGGAGAACAGAUUUCCCUCACGUUGCAGCGGGAGUUCUCGGAGGAAGCCCUCAACUCGCUUUCAUUGAAGCAGUCGGAGAAAGGUGAAAUCCAACAACGCAUCAAACAACUCUUCGACUCAGCAGGGUUUCAGGUCUACAAAGGCUAUGUUGAUGAUCCAAGAAACACUGACAAUGCCUGGAUGGAGACGGUCGCUGUCAACUUUCAUGAUGAAGAGGGCAACAGCGUGAGCGCGCUGCCUCUGCAAGCCGGCGAUGACGCAAGAGAAGUCCAGUGGGUGGACGUGGACUUGUCCUUUGCCCUCUAUGCAAACCACUCCCACUUCUUGGAGCUGGUUGCCAGAGAGAGGAAGGCCCACUGGUAAUCCGAAGACAAAAGGCUCCUCUGAUGUAACAAUGAAGCAAAGCAGAGCCUCAAGAGCACUUGUCUAUUUAGCAAGCAUGGCCCUUAAUGGAA